AUGUUUGUGCUCGGUCCUGGCGCAGCGGCACUCUUCUUUCUCAUCUCAGCCGCAUGCCCGGGUCACUCGACAGAGGCGCCGGCGGCCUUCGCGAGGCAGUCUCUGAAAGCUAACCAGACACGCGAUGCCGAACUCCACGCUAUGGGCACUCUCCCGACUCAGACUGUCUCGGUUGCAAGUCGAACACUCAAGGAGCAUGCGAAUGUGAUUUGUACACCGACAGUUGUAGAAGCUCAUGGCAUUUGCAAACGUCUCAGGCCUGUGCAGAAACCAUACCCUUGUAAAAAACAAAUUAUUGACAAAGUAUGCGAGGGCGUUCCAACCACCAUCCAGAGAAUGUGCACGAGGACGCUUCACGAAAGAAAGCCUUUCAAGUGUGACAGAAUCGAGUACAAGAACGAAUGCGUGCAAACUGUGGAGAAGGUUCGGGAUACAUGCGUUCAGACCGUUAUCAAAUCGGAGACAUACGCAUGUCCCAAAGUUGACUACGCCACGAAGUGUUCGCCAAGACCGGCGCUGGUGCCUUCUGUGUGCAAACACGAGGUGCAGAAAGAAUUCGAGUAUCCCUGUGAACGGCAUGUCUCCGAAGAGCAGUGCGCAGAGGUUGAGGUGCCAGUGGAACAGAUUUGCGAGGAGGACGUCGUCGCGCAAGAAAAAUACGAUUGUAGUAAGACCGUAUACGUCAAGAAAUGCGAGCCCGCGCCGGCUUCGCGGGGCGCUUCCCUGCACGACGGGGCGCGAUACGAUGGCGAGGAAAGCUGGGAUGACGGAGAGGGCGGCAGGCGCCAUCUACGGCCCAAAAAUUUCGAUAAAGGCGACACUAUAGUUCUACCGAUGCCAGCAAAGGAGGCACGUGUAUCUCUCGAGAUCUGCACCGAUGUGCCACACGUUAAGAGGAAGACAUGCACAAGGGAUGUGGUGAAAAAGAACAGAACACCGUGCACGUCGAUGAAAAAGACCCCCAAAUGCAACACAGAGAUCCGGACGAUCCAGGAAAUUUGUAGAACGAUGAAGAAGGUUGUUGAACCGUAUGUCUGCACAAAGACGGAAAUACAGGAGGAGUGCUCUACCAUCAAGAAGGAAAUCGAGCACACAUGCAGCCGCGAUGUGCCUGUAGAGGAAAAAGGACCAUGCGAAAUUGAAAUCUUCAAGAACGAGUGUGUCCCUACGCAAGUUCGCAUUCCUGAUGUCUGCUUUGAAGCAAGACCGAAAACGGAAGUGUAUGACUGCUCAGAAAAAGUUGUGAAGUCCGUUUGUCAUGAAGAUCUGAAGGAGGUUGAAGAACAGUGCAUGCAGACUGAUUUUACAGAGGUGGAGUACUCGUGUACUCACAAGGAGCACGUGGACAAGUGUCUGCCUGUCGACAUGCCAGUGAAACAUCAGAAAAUACCUGCGUACUCGCCAUCGAAAAAGGAGGAUAUAUCUGUGAGUGUACGGCCCAGCACAAUGGACACAGUCGUAAAAGAUUCACCGCUCAGGAGGAAAAAGCUGUUACUGAAGGAGAAACUUCACAAGCUUGGAGACCCUGACCUCAUAGACGGCGGAGAUGACGAACGAAACGAAACGACGACUGGAGAAGAACUGCAGGCUGAGGUGGAGGGCGGCGAGGAGCAGUGA